AUGGCUGCCGAGACUUACGGACAUCGCUUGCUCUACUCCGAGAAGGACAUGUUUCCGACCGACGUCAUGUUGGAAUACUCUACCGAGGAGUGCUACUUAUCCUGGCCCCGGUCACCUGACUCGGGCCGGUCGAGCCUGGAGCCGACUCCAUCGAUGGACAGCAACCAGGAGUCACCAACUCACAUCGCGUACAGAGGAUUGCCCAAUGAUUUAGGCUUAGAAGAUAGUUCAGAGGAUUUGGAAUUAGAAGCAUCUGGGAAGAGACGAGGUCGUGCCACCAGUGCUGCGGUUUUGAGGAGACGUCGCUUAGCAGCGAAUGCUAGGGAGAGAAGGCGAAUGCAGAACUUAAAUAAGGCGUUUGACAGACUACGUGGGCACUUACCUUCGCUUGGAGCUGAUCGCCAACUAUCUAAAUACGAGACUCUACAAAUGGCGCAGACAUACAUCGCUGCAUUGUACGAGCUCCUUCAGUAA